CGCGCGGGGCGGGGCCGCCGGCGCAGUUGCUGCAGCCGCCGCGGGGGUGUCCGAGACAAGAUGAAGCUCAUCAUCCUGGACCAUUAUUCUCAGGCCAGCGAGUGGGCAGCCAAGUACAUCAGGAAUCGCAUCAUCCAGUUUAACCCGGGGCCAGACAAGUACUUCACCCUGGGACUUCCCACUGGGAGCACCCCAAUUGGCUGCUACAAGAAGCUCAUUGAGUACUGUAAGAAUGGAGACCUGUCCUUCAGAUAUGUGAAGACCUUCAACAUGGAUGAGUAUGUGGGCCUUCCUCAAGAUCACCCGGAGAGUUACCACUCCUUCAUGUGGAACAACUUCUUCAAGCACAUUGACAUCCUCCCAGAAAACACCCACAUUCUGGAUGGGAAUGCACCUGACCUGCAGGCUGAGUGUGACGCCUUUGAAGAAAAGAUCAAAGCCGCAGGGGGGAUUGAGCUGUUUGUCGGAGGCAUCGGCCCUGAUGGACACAUUGCCUUCAAUGAGCCGGGCUCCAGUCUGGUGUCCAGGACCCGUGUGAAGACUCUGGCCAUGGACACCAUCCUGGCCAAUGCUAGGUUCUUCGAUGGUGAUCUCACCAAGGUGCCCACCAUGGCCCUGACGGUGGGUGUGGGCACUCUCAUGGAUGCUAGAGAGGUGAUGAUCCUCAUCACAGGUGCACACAAGGCAUUUGCUCUGUACAAGGCCAUUGAGGAGGGAGUGAGCCAUAUGUGGACCGUAUCCGCCUUCCAGCAGCAUCCCCGCACGGUAUUUGUGUGUGACGAGGAUGCCACCCUGGAGCUGAAAGUGAAAACCGUCAAGUAUUUCAGAGGUUUAAUGCUUGUUCAUAACAAGUUGGUGGACCCCUUGUACAGUAUCAAAGAGAAAGAAACAGAGAAAAACCAGUCUUCUGAGAAACCAUACGGUGAUUAGCCUGUGCCCAUCCUGGCAUCGAGUACCUCUUUAGGACAGGCAGAGCAAUUCUGGAAAUUGCCUUUAUGAGGACAGAAUUGUAUUUCUUUAAUCCAGAAUGGUUACUCCAGAUAAAUGGGUAUACUUAUUGUUCUUGGCUAUGCAGCAUGGAGCCUAGUCAUGAGAGUUUAGCUACAGGGAGAAGGACUUGUUCUGUAACCUACUUUAAUCAGAAAAAAAGUCUCUGAAAAAUGUACUCCAUAAUUUUGAUGUCUGCCCUACACAGAUUAGGGUUUUUUAGCUUUUGUUCUGCCUCUGGCACUGUUCUCAUGUAUAACACACUCCCGUCAGGAAUUUCUAUCAUUACAUACACUGAUUCUCAACUGGGGGUAGUGGGGGCCUGUGUUUUGGCCCAAACCUCUUUGAAAGCCCCUCUUGAGUAGGCCUGCCUCUUGUUUGGGAAUCACUGUUCCAGAUUAAGGAACAAACUCUUAACCUUCUGUUCAGUUAUAAGUGCCAUGGAAAGAAAAUGAUUCCUUACUUUCUUUCCCUAGUUGUUUUUUUUUUUCCUGCUCUCACAGUUGGCCUUUCCAUGAACUCGGAGGACUCCUUGGGGGAGGAGGAUCUGGGUGGCUAGGGCUAAAGAGAAGGCUUUUGCUGAUAAACUCAGUCUCAAGGGGCCUAACCACGUCA